AUGUCGGAGAAGCAUAUUCCUAACUACAUCAAGUAUGCCUUUGGAGGACUGGCAGGAAUGGGAGCAACACUUGUAGUUCAGCCUCUGGACCUAGUAAAGAACAGAAUGCAACUUGCGGGAACUUCGGGAAAAAAAGAAUAUCGGUCAAGCUUGCAUUGCAUUAGUACCAUUGUUCGCAAUGAAGGAUUGUUCGCAAUUUACAAUGGUUUGAGUGCUGGUCUGCUCCGUCAAGCAACUUAUACAACAACUCGCUUGGGGACAUACACUUGGCUGUUCGAACGAUUCUCCAGCAAAGAUCAUCAUCCCUCGUUCAUUAUGAAGGCUUCAUUAGGUAUGCUAGCCGGUGGUAUUGGUUCUGUCGUAGGAACACCAGCAGAGCUUGCUCUCAUUCGAAUGACAGGUGAUGGCCGUCUUCCUCCUGACCAAAGAAGAAAUUAUAAGAAUGUAUUUGAUGCUCUUGCGCGCGUUGUGAAAGAAGAAGGUGUGCUUUCCUUAUGGAGGGGAUGUACACCUACAGUCAUGAGAGCAAUGGUUGUAAACGCGGCCCAGCUAGCAACUUAUUCUCAAACUAAGCAAGGCUUGCUCGAUUACAAACUUGUCGAAGAUGGUGUCUUCUGCCAUUUCCUAUCUUCGAUGGUUUCUGGUUUGGCAACAACGAUUGCAUCCAUGCCCGUUGAUAUUGCAAAAACCAGGAUACAAUCAAUGAAAAUAAUCGAUGGAAAGCCGGAAUACAAGAACGCAUUUGACGUUUGGGGCAGAGUUAUAAAGCACGAAGGUGUCUUAGCUUUAUGGAAGGGAUUCACUCCAUAUUACCUUCGUAUUGGACCACACACUGUUAUCACCUUCAUCAUUCUCGAACAAAUGAAUGGUGCCUAUUAUAAGCAUGUCUUGGGCGUAGAUUCAAAAGGAUCACUCUGA